AUGGCAUACAGCAGCCUCACGCUGCCUCUGAUCGUGAUGAGCGUGUUCUGGAACAUCGUCGGCCUCCUGGUGCCCUGUUUCAUCUCCAAGGGUCCCAACCGGAGAGUUAUCAUCACCAUGUUGGUUACCUGUUCAGUUUGCUGCUAUCUCUUUUGGCUGACUGCAAUUCUGGCCCAACUCAGCCCUCUCUUUGGACCACAUUUGAAAAAUGAAACCACCUGUUAUAUCAAGUAUCACUGGCCUUGA